AUCACAGGGAACCUACAGGCAUAUAGAAAGUUCAGAGGAAAAAUUACUUCGUCGUAUUCAGGUCCGAUUCACCUAUACAUUACCCUCUUUACAGUUUACUCUCACAGGCUUCUACACGAAGUACAAAUAUGCCAGGUACGCCUAGCCAUAAAAAGAAACCGGUGAAGACGAGGAAAAAGAAGAUAGGAAGCAGCAGCGCAAGCGAUACAGAGGAGCCACAGCCGGCAAGAACUCCAGUUACCCCUAGCAAACCCAACACUAAAACUCUUGCUCAGACUAAUAAAUCCAAUCCGACACAAACCACGCAAGAUUCAACUCCAUCAAAAUCUGCGACAACAGUCAGCACUGCGCCGAAACCGUCCAAAAACAAACCCGUAAAACCAGCCAACUGCCCGAGUACCUCAUGGCAAUCUGCAGAUUUAGACGAGGCAAAUGUGGUUCCUGAUAGAAAUGAUGAUUCGGAAGAGCCUCUAGGAACCAAUCGGGCUACCAAGGAAUUACCAGCCAUUCUCGUAGCAGUUGGAUGAGGCAUGACUAAUCUUUACGACGAUGUUGUUGAGGAAGUCAAGAGGAGCAUUCCUGAUGCCAAGUUUCUUCGGUUGCCUGGAAUAAGAGGAAUUAUGGAGGUGACCAUAGACGGAGACAACGUAUAUCACACUAUACGAAACGGAAACGCAACCGAAGAGGAGAUAGCACGGAUGAUCGUCGAAGAUAUUAAAAAGAGAGUCAAACACAGAGAGAAUGAACGAAAAACCCCGCGGUCUCAAGGCACAGGUCGAGAUAGGUCUCCUCCAAGCCGAGAAAAAAACAAACGAGGAGAUAAUGGAACCAACUCGUGUGUGAUGACAACCACAACAGGCUGGUUCCUCGGUGUGCCCGGGGACAUCAUAUUGGGGUUCCCUCAUCCCAUGAAGUGCUGUUCAACCAGAAAUGCGCCAAGGAUGAACCGCAUGUCCGCGUUUCCCCAAAUACGCUUCCGUGUGACCACCAAAGAUGAAGUCACGAUAAUUAUCCCACCGUCUUCCUCCACACUAGGAUCUUUCGAAGUAACCGUGAACGGAAACCUGAUGCACUCGAAACUUGACACUGGUCAGUUCCCCGAUGAGCAGGAAAUCGCAGAUAAAGUCCUCGAAGAACACAUGCGAAACACGGAAUCUUCAAUUCCCGCCAACGACGAACCGAAGAAGAAGCGAACUUGGAAAUCGAAGUCCCCUUCCGGCUGCGUGGGUGACCCAACCAAUUUUGGGAAACGAGAAGACGAAGCACAACAAGGACUGUCCACAUCGGCGGCGCGAAAAACUCGAGGCAAAAAUCCGACGCCACUCGGAAUAUCCAACACUUGCACCGACAGCGGAGUUGGUGAAGGUUUCAUACACGAACAGGAAUCCGCCAGCGACCAUAAAAGCCUUCGAAUGAAUACCUACACGUGUAGUGUGGUUACUCUCCGGCUGAAGGCUGGCACUUACUCGCAACACAUAAAAUUUGUCGGCUUCUGCUCGCAAGCCGAACAUGUGCGGUGA